AUGUUCAAAGAUGCCAUAGAAUAUGCAAAACGAUGCCAUGAAUAUCAGAUCCAUGGAGAUGUCAUACAUAUGCCUCCUGAAGAUCUUCAUCAGUCAGUCGUUUCUUGGCCCUUCGCUGCCUGGGGACUCGAUGUCAUUGGUCCCAUAAAUCUGCCCUCGUCUAAGGGAAAGCAAUAUAUAUUGGCAGUGACAGAUUAUUUUUCCAAAUGGACUGAAGCAGUGGCACUCCGAAAUGUCAAAGAAAAAAACAUUGUGAAUUUCAUCCGACAUGCGAUAAUAUAUCGCCAUGGCAUCCCAAAAGGAAUCCUCACCGAUAAUGGUACUCCUUUCAAGAAUAAGGGUAUGAAAAAGCUGUGUCAAAAAUUCGGCAUUCACCUCUCAUUUUCAACACCCUACUAUCCACUAGUAAAUGGAUUAGCAGAGGCAUUCAAUAAGAUGAUCGUAAAAAUACUAAAGAAAACUGUGACUGGGAAUAAGCGUGACCGGGAUGAAAAGUUACAAGAAGCUCUAUGGGCUUACAGGACUACGCACCGAUCUGCGACGACAACAACACUAUAUUCGUUGGUUUAUGGUAUAGAACCCGUCAUCCCGAUCGAAACAUAA